GCUGCUCUGCUUGCAUGAGAACGCCACUCUGCAGGAUAUUUCCCAGUUACUCCUUCCUCGACUCUGAUCUAUUGUCUUGACUGCUCUUGCACCAUAUAUACCCCAUCUCCAUCUCCAUCUCCCAACGUCUUGUUUGUUCUCAUGCAAUCCGUCCAAUCCUUCAUUCAAGCACCUGUCGAAAGUAUCAAGUCCACCGUCAUGUCUAACGAUACCUCCUUCUCGGCCCAUGUGGCGAACCAGUUCACCUCGUAUGAAAAAGACCGUCAGGCAUCAUCCAAAGAUACUACCUACACCACCAGCAAUGGCGUUCCCAUGGCUCAUCCAUACGAGACACAGAGAGCAGGUACAAACGGACCCUUGUUGCUGCAAGACUUUCACUUGAUCGACCUUCUAUCUCACUUUGAUCGUGAGCGGAUCCCCGAGCGUGUCGUCCACGCAAAGGGCAGUGGUGCCCAUGGAUUCUUCGAAUGUACCAAUCCUGCCGACGACAUCACCACUGCCGAUCUCUUCAGCGCCAAGGGCAAGAAAUGUCCCGUCACGGUUCGGUUCUCUACCGUAGGUGGCGAAUCAGGCUCUCACGACUGUGCUCGUGAUCCUAGAGGAUUCUCCGUCAAGUUCAGAACAGAAGAAGGCAAUUGGGAUAUGGUGGCAAACAACACUCCAGUCUUCUUCUUGAGAGAUCCUGCCAAGUUCCCGCAUUUUAUCCACACGCAGAAGAGAGAUCCCUCGACCCAUUUGACCCAUGCGGACGAUUCAACCAUGUUCUGGGAUUACCUCUCGCAAAACCCCGAGUCAAUCCAUCAGGUCAUGAUCUUGAUGGGUGAUCGAGGUAUUCCCGACGGCUAUCGUUUCAUGCAUGGCUAUUCCGGCCAUAGUCUCAAGUUCAUCAACAAGGACGGCGACUGGGUGUAUGCCCAAGUCCACAUGAAGUCCUUGCAGGGAACCAAGUUCAUCACGCAAGAAGACUCGGCCAACAAAUCUCCCGAUUACUCUCAAAAGGACCUGUACGAGGCCAUCCAACGUGGUGAUUUCCCCAAAUGGACCGUCGAAGUCCAGACCAUGACACCGCAGGAAGCCGAAGAAGUGUGGGAAAAACAAGGCAUCAACGUCUUUGAUUUGACUCACGUGUGGCCACAAAAGCAAUUCCCACUGCGCAAGAUCGGAGAAUUCACUCUCAACGAGAACGCCGUCAACUAUUUUGCUGAAGUCGAACAAGUCGCCUUCACCCCAUCACACAUGCCUGCUGGCAUCGAACCAUCCGCCGAUCCAGUCCUUCAAUCCCGUCUCUUCUCCUACCCAGACACCCACCGCCACCGCGUCGGCACAAACUAUCAACAACUCCCCGUCAACGCGCACCGAUCCGGCUAUCAAGCCGGAAACUUCCAACGCGACGGACCCAUGGCAUUCUACAACCAAGGUGCUCGCCCCAACUACCUCUCGUCCAUCGACCCCAUCCAAUUCCAAGAACGGAAAAUCGACAUCGACAAAACCCACGGCCACUUCAUCGGCAGCGCCGUCUCCUUCCUCUCCAUGAUCAGACCCGAGGACUUCAAUGCCCCUCGCGCGUUAUGGGAGAAAGUUUGGGACGAACCUGCUCGUGAGCGAUUCAUCAACAACGUCGCUGGGAAAAUGGAGGUGUGUAAGAGUCAAGAGAUUCUCAAACGACAAAUUGCAAUCUUCCGUGAAGUUUCGGAUGACAUUGCCACGAGAUUGGAAAAGGCAACGGGAAUCAAAGGGUAUGAUGGAAUCAAGAAUAUGAAGUUCAAUGGCACUCACAAUGGUAUGAAUACUGAUCCUGAUAUUCGUCGUGCGAAUGGUAUGACGGAUGCGAAGACUCAUCCGUCGGUACACAAUGGUGCCCCGAUUAAGGGGUCGCAUCGAGGUAUUCGGGCUUAUUGAGGUGCUUGUGGGUUUAUGGGAAACAGGGAGCAGGCGUUGGUUUGGUUUGUAGAUACCUUAGUCAAGGCUAUCCGCCAUUCAUAACCUAUGCGUUGUUGUUGUGUAACAAUAACUUUGACGUUCUUGACGAAUAAUAAUGUCAUA